AUGGAUGAAAUUUGUAAUAUAUUAAAGGAAUACAAUGCAAGUGACACUGAUAAUAUAAUUGAUUUAUUCAAAGAAUAUAGCGCUAGCACGAAAGAUAAAACGCAGGUUCAUUCGAGACUUAAAAAAAUAAAAUGUACUAAACUAAUGGCCUUUGAUGCUAACGGUUUGUACGCUUCCGCCAUGUCGGAUUUAGAUAGCGAAUAUCCGAGAGCGGAAAGUGGUAGACCAUUUCUACUGGAAGAAAAUAAAGAAUUUGUCAAGCUCUUUAAUGAACAGAAAUUCAGACCUAGAACUGCUAUUUUAAAAGUCUGGUUUGAAUAUCCCAAAAACAUGUUCUUCCAACCCAUACCAGCUAAAGAUAAAAUCACUUUCACGAAUAAAGAAGGUAAAAAGGAAAUUGGCACUAAAAUCAGAUUCAGAAAUGGUUUCUGUUCAGAUGUUUUAUCAUCGGUCGAUAUUCAAGAAAUAGUUAAAGCCGGUGGACGAAUUAUUAGAAUAUUAGAUGGUAUAGUAUACGAAGAAAAUUUUAAAACUCCACCCUAUAGAGAUUAUAUCUUAAUUUUGAGAGAUCUAAGAAAUAAAUAUAAACGAGAAGGCAAUAUCAAGGAUAUAACUACAUCGAGACAUCUAUGGAGUGAAGCGACUUUAAAAGCCAACUAUGAUUCACAUGUCAAAAGUUAUGAAAAAGUAAAUGAUAGUCAAUAUAUAGUUGAGAUAAAUGAAGAAGAAAAAGAAUUUAUUCCUCCUAAAUCUACACGACUAACACCUAGUCAUUUGGGAUCAUUCGUUUUAUCUCACAGUAAAAAAAUAAUGAAUAAUUUUAUUCGCGUGAUAGAUGGAUCUUAUAAGCCUGAAAUAUACUAUACGGAUACCGAUAGUUUAUACAUUUCGUCUAGCAAUUGGGAUAAAUUAAAUGAAGCUGGGUUGGUGUCCGAAAAUGAUUAUUGUAAAGGAAAGAAUGAUUAUGGUGAUGGUGGAAUUAUAUUUGGUUUAUACAAAGUUAAAUACAAUAUCAUUCUAACUUCCGAUGGUGUUUUAAAAGAAAAGAAAACGUUUAAGGGUUACUCUAAAGAUAAGAUAUCCGUAGAAGAUUAUAUUCGAUAA